GAUAUAAACCGUACCGCGUGCGUGUUCGUGUUUCGUGGCAGAUUCCGCGAUUUUAACCGGGAAAAAUUUCGGAUUGUGCGGUCGAGAGUAGGUGAAAGGAGAAGGAAUUUCCACCAAUCGCGGGCGCGCGCUGGUUUUUACUUAGUGUUUGAAGCCUUUUUUUUUUGUUUCGUUUGACGGGCGGAAAUUCGGUCAACUUGCGGGAGGUAUGCGAAAUUUUUGCAAAUUCGCGGUCAAUCGAUCGGCGUGCGUAAUGUGCGCUAGUGUAGUUGAGUUAAGGGUGUGGGUGUGAGUUUCUUUUUUUGCUGGUGUGCCCAUUUAGGCAACUCACACACAAGUGGCGUGGCAAUUUUUGGGGCUCGCGCGCCGAAUAUUCGUGUUCUGGGUGAUGUGGGCACGUGGUGGCCCACCAGGCCAGUGGCUGAAAAUUGAUUAUUAAUAGAGGAAAAGCCAAUCUACCGUGGCGCGUAUUUUCCCUGGGAGGGGCUAGAGCGUGCCAGUGUGAAAAGUCAAAGGGAGGGAAAAUGUGAAAAAUAUUGCGGUCAUUUAGUGGCAUGGCGAAUUUUCGCUGGUGUUGUUUUGGUUUUGCCCAGGGCUGCCAGUUUGACGGGUUUGGCCACCCCAGUAUAUCGCUAGACAUAAAUAAAAAUAUUUGCCUGCGGUCGUCGUCGCUGUUGCCAACUUGGAACGUGACCGGAUUGUCCAAAGAGCCGGCUGGUCUCGACGAGGAUCAUAAAAAAUAAUAAUAACCAGAGAGGAGCAAAAUAAACGAAACUUCACGAACUUGUUAAAUAACGAAGGCGAAAAAAAAACGUGAUUUUGUGACAGUGGUGCCAUUUUCUCCCUCCAAUCCGGAAAAGAAGGAGAUCAAAUCAAAGCCCUGGAGGCCGAAAAAGCGCCAGCAAAAUUACCAGCUGUCGAUACCACCGAAAUCGAGUUGUUGGCACCUUGUCUUCGCCAACGCGAGGAUAACUGAAGGGACCCCCGCUCGGAGUUCAAAUACUGCCCCAGGUACCCCGGGGGAAAUCGAAAUCCUGCCAAUUGGCAGCAACGGACCAGAACCCUGACCCCCCUCCCACCGCAGGUGGCCCGUCAAAACGGUGGAAAAAUAAGCGAGUUAACCGGGUGCCACCAGGACUGUGCCACGCCAGCCGAAAGCAACAUAAAUUAGAAACGACGAUAAAUUUUCCGAGACUUGCCCGACAGAAAAAAAAGUCAAGUCAAGAAGGGGUGUGUGGAAAAUUUGGGGGAAAAACUCCCAGACCCAGACCCAGGUGAAAAUCGUCAAGUGGUUUUUCGUUUUCCCGCCAAAUAAAAAGAAAAGGGAAAACUCCCCCGAAUAAAUAUUUUUCCAAACGAUCGACAAACGAUGAGGGAAAUGACGUUCGGGGUGAAAGUCGAGUGAAAUUCUUGAGGGGGAGGUGAGGAAAGGCAAGAAAGUGUUUAUCUCGAUUUGCCAGGGACCGGGCAAAGUUUGCCCACGCCGGAAAGGUGACGCGGGGUUUUUUUGUUUUGAGAGAAAAAAUAAGAAAAUACGAAAAGAAAAGCUGAGCGUGAGGAGGGGAAGAAAAGAAAUGGAAAACUAAGUGAAAAGUGCUUUGUGACAAAUGUCAUUGUGACCCAUUUCAAGUAUCAAUUUGUUUUUCGAUUUGCAUACUCACUUGCCAAAGGACGCAGGAAUUAGGCUUGAAGGAAAAGGAUUUCUGGCCGGGACCAGCGGCUUCCUGAAAAGGGGCAAAAACGAGGUUGGUCAUCAUACUCCAGUUAAAAUUUGAAUAAAACUCCAUCGAAAUCGUCCUCUUCCGCAAUUUAUGUGUCACGAACAGUGUCGCUGACAUUAGUCCGUGCGAGUUUAAAUCAAGCUCCGAGAUUAUCAUAAAAGCUUAGAGAGAUAAAGCGUCGCCUAUGUCUGUGCGAGCAAGAAUGUCUGCCAGAGUGGAGUGUGAACAUAGGCUGCGAACUGAAUAAUGAUGAUCUGAGUGCCACAAAUCCUGCCACUGUAGGACAAAGCUUGAUCCAAUUAGGAGCACGUUUCAACCCCCGAGAACAACGAGUUCGACGACGAAAACGACAAUCGCUGACGGUCAGUUCACUUCCUCGGUCACCACCACUGUCGGAACCACCGGACCACCGGACCUUGCCCACCGGAAGCACCACCACCAGAUCCGCCGGCACCACCACCCGGGGUGGACGGGGCGGCUGGGUGGGGGCCAUGCGUCGCCGGAAGCCAGUCGAGGGCUUCCUGCUGCGGUGCUGCGGCGUCUUCGCGUUCUUCUUCUGGACGGUACUGGUCCACCAGAUCUCGACAUGCCUGGCGAUCCAGCUCGAGGAGCGGAUGGAGAUCGUGCGGAAAGUGCUCAAGGAAGUGCCUUUGAUCGACGGCCACAACGACCUGCCGUGGAACAUCCGGAAGUUUCUCAAGAACCAGCUGCGGGAGUUCCGGUUCGGCGAGGACCUCCGCGAUAUUACGCCCUGGUCGACGAGUGCCUGGAGCCACACCGACCUGCGCCGGCUGAAGGAGGGCAUGGUCGCAGCCCAGUUCUGGUCAGCGUAUGCGCCCUGCUCGUCACAGCACUUGGACGCCGUGCAGCUGACCUUAGAGCAGAUAGACUUAAUACGCAGAUUAGUGAACCUGUACCCGCAGCACAUGGCCCUGGUGACGACGGCGGACGGCAUCGAGGAGAGCCACCGCUCCGGCAAGCUGGCCAGCCUGAUCGGCAUCGAGGGCGGCCACUCGAUCGGCACCAGCCUCGGCGUGCUGCGGACCUUCUACCAGCUGGGUGCGCGCUAUCUCACCCUAACGCACACGUGCAACACGCCGUGGGCGGACUGCUGCAAAGUUGAUGAACCGGGCCGGGUGCCCCACAUCGGCGGCCUGUCCCACUUUGGCACGCUGGUGGUCACCGAGAUGAACCGGCUCGGGAUGAUCGUGGACCUGUCGCACGUGUCGGUGCCCACGAUGCUGGACGCGUUGGCCACCUCCAAGGCGCCGGUCAUCUUCUCGCACUCGUCGGCCCACGCCAUCUGCAACAGCUCGCGGAACGUGCCCGACCACGUGCUGAAACGAUUGUCGGCCAACGGUGGUCUGGUGAUGGUUGCAUUCUACCCACAUUUCGUUAGUUGUGGCGAGAAGGCAACCCUCAAGGAUGUUGUCGCGCACAUUAAUCAUAUCCGGGACGUAGCCGGUGUGGACCACGUCGGGAUCGGUGCCGGGUACGAUGGCGUUAAUCUGGUGCCCCAGGGCCUCGAGGACGUCUCCCGGUAUCCGUACCUGUUCGCCGAGCUGCUCGUGUCCGAAAAGUGGACCGAGGAGGACAUCGCCAAACUGGCGGGGAGAAAUUUAAUUAGAGUUUUCAAACAAGUCGAGCAGGUGCGAGACCAGCUCGAAGCCCAGGGCAUGCUGCCGAUCGAUCAGUCAAUCCCACCGGAGGACAUCCUUGGGAGAUCCUACUGCCGUUACUCGGGACCACGGACGUGACGCAAGCGCAGUUACGAUCCGUAAAACCAAUCAAAAGCAAGAAGAAGGCACAAGUAUUCACACCGAACCGACCGACCAGAGUGUAUUUUGUCCCCAUUUGCCCCCAAAACAGAAAAGAAUGAUUGUGGUUGUGUGAGAGACGUUCAAACUGGAGCGCAUGAAAGCAUGAGAGUUACCAGAGUCUAACAAUCAAAGUUGUUUUAAGUUGAGGUUAAGAGGUGGUGACGGCACGAUAGCUUAGGACAGACAAAAACAAAUAAAAACGAGUUCGCAUAUCAUGAGAUAACAGAGGAGAUUGCAGAUUGCGUGGUUAUAUAUAAAUACAAACAAAAACACAGAAAAUCUACCGAAUUUCCCAGAAAAACCAAAAACCUUAAACGUAUAUUUUUUUAACCGAUGAUAGCAAACCAAUCAUCAUUGCAUCGAAAAAAACAACAACAAAAAAUCAUCAUUUUCGCAAGUGGAACAAAAUCCAUAAAUUACACCUAGCGGUACCAUGUGACUGCAGAAAAUACUAUCGUCCAUGAAUUCAAGCAAAUCGAAACAUGGAGGAACGAAAAUAAAUUCUAAACGAAACUGUUUUAGGCUAAUUUGUAAAGAGAUAAAAGAAAGUAAAACUAUCGACAUUAUCUGUGUAGAGAAAAUAAAAUGUUAAAUAUUGGACAUAAAUCGAAGGAAAAAAAACCUGAAAUAAACAAAAAUUUGGACGAAAAUGAACCAAGCUAUUGAGUGAUGACCAUGAAUGCACACAAAUUUUGACACUUUUUUAAACCUUGAAAAAACUUAUCAAAGUUUGACAUGACGCCGUCUGCAAUAAAUUAUGCCUCCGUUUUGAAUUGUCGUUUCUGUCGUAAUUUUUAUUAUGUUUUUUUAAAUGAUAUUUACUAUUCUUUUCAUAGAAUGAAUAUUAAAAUUUAGAGUGACAAAAAAUCAGUUAUUGAUAAUUUUAGUAAUUUUCAAAACCUGAUAAGGUGACUUGAUGAUGAUUAACAUUUUAUGGAAUUGACAAAUUAAACAUUUUUGCUGUCAAUUGUUCAUGUGGCUGGACAGAACUUACAAAGAACCUACAAAAACAUUUAAAUAAUUUUAUUUUAUAAUGUCAUAUCAAAUUUUUAAUUCGCCCUUAUCAACCAGUUAUUCUGACCAUCAUUAUUUUUUAACCUGAUUAUCAAUCAUCUCAACUUAAAAAAAAAUCAGAUGAAUCAUUUUUAAAAUAGACAGUAUAAGAAAUGAGAAAAAUUAAUUUCAUUUUUUAAUUAUCUGUUAAAAAAAUACCAAUGAGUUGUUCAUUUGAUUUCGCAACUUGAUUUUUCUUUGUUUUUUUUUUUAUUUGGAUGAACAUUUGUCCAUGCAUUCCCUAUGCCAAAAGAAGCAAUUUUGCAUCAUUAGAACAAUGUUGGGUCUGGUCAUAAAAAAGCGUAAGUAAAUGAAUUCUGUAUCUGUAUCUUGAAAAGAGAUUUUUUGAUCGAUUUAUUGUCUUCGGCAAAGUUGUUGAACUUUUAGGACUUUUCGGAAAAUAGGUACCUACACGAAAAAAACGCAUUUUUCAAUUAUUUUAAUAAAUUACAAAUAAAAUGGUGCAAAAUCUGAGUUAGGGAGGUGAUUUUUUUAGAAAAUCAUUUUUUUUUAAUUGAAAGCCUGAGCAAAAAAAUAAUUUUCAUUUUUUGAAGCAAAAUUAAAUCUUCAAUCGGAUAAAAUUUAUUACAUUUUGGAUAAAAAAUACCGUUUUCAAGUCAUAGCUUCUUUUAUGUAUUUUUUGUAUAUAUUAUAAAAAUACUUCUUGAAAAAAACACCCCCGAAAAAAAUAUUUUUGGGAGGUUGAGCAUUUUUCUUUGAAACUUUGAAAAUCUGAUUAAGAGUUCGAAUCGAUGAAAAUUACUUUGUCUAUGUAAUACCUAAUAAUCCUGUAACGUUCAUCUGACGAUAUCUCGGAAAGUAUUGCUCCGAUUUGCAAUGUUUUGAAAACAUUUUUUUUUUGAAAUUUUCUGAUCUUUUGAACACAAAUCCAACACAUAAAAGUGAAAUUUGUAAAUCAUGAAAAAAAGGUUUUCAAAUUGAAUAUUGGAUUUCAAUUGCCGAGAAAUCGUCAGUUGAUAAAUAGUCACUUGACUGAUAUCUUAAAAUAUAAUUAAUAUUCAUGUAUUCAAUAAUAUUUUUUCAUAAAACUUUUGGCCAUUGCAAAUAUUUUUCUAAGUUUAUGACUUAUCACCAAACAGAUUUGCUGAAAACAUCAAUUUUAACAAUUUUUUCAAGACACAGAUUUUCGAAUAUUUACAGGAACUCGACUUUGGCCAUUGCACUGGUUUCAACACUAGGAUAUAUUUUUUAAAUUAAUUUUUCAUCAGUCUUGUUGUUUUGCAAUCACUAAUUUCCUAAUUUCUAACUUUUGGGUACAUUUCAGAAUGUUGUCGGCUGAUAAGACUUCUAUUUUCAUUGCAAUUUAGAAGUGUGUUUUUUUCUUUAUUCAUAUUAAUAAAAUUAAAGUAUAACCCCUCAUUUAUCAGGCUGUUUCUGAAAAGGGGUAUGCGAAAUAUUUUUCAAAACAUUUGCAACGGCCUUACAGUUCUCGAGAAAAUGCUCAAAAUCUGUCACAUCCAACUUUUUUCAGCUCCAAUUUUUUUUUCAUUUGAAAAUGCUUCCCAAGCAAACGGAAAUAACUUGGGAAUAACAUUUUUUGAUAUUUGAAAUACUAGGCAAAUAAUAUUUGAUGUUAUUUAUAACAAGAUUUGCUAUUCGUAGUCAUGAUUUUUUUGUUAUUGGAUUGAUAUUGUAAUAACAGAUUAAUAACAUUUUUAGUUAUUCUUCGAACAUAUCUUUUUGUUAUUUUUUGUUAUUCCAACAACUAAUCCGAUCAUUCCAAUAACAGUUGGAGGUAUUCUUCCAUAACAAAGAAUGUUUUUCCAAAGAUGUUUUAGCUUUCAACUAAUAUCAGACCAAUAACAAAUUUUGUUAUCAUAACAUAAAUUGAUAUUAAACUCUUAUGCAAAAAUGGAUUUUUCAAGAAUAUUCCAUAACACUUUUUGUUAUUUUAACAAUAUUUGUUAUUGAAAUGGCAUGAAUUUAGUUAUUACCGUCUGCGCGGGUUUUAUUUCUAGUUUUUAAAUGAAUGCAUUAAUAAAGAAAAUUUUGCUUUUUUUUUGUAUUUGAACUCAACUAAUCUA